AUGGAAGGAAAAGAGACAUCACCAAGUCAUCAUUCGGAGGAGAGCAGCAUAUUGGACCUACCCUCUGUUUGUGACCUAGCAGAGUGCUUUCUGCCUCCACACAGCUUUGAAAACAGCGAGGAGCUUUUUCGUUCUGUGGAUACUUUUCCCUCUCUGCCAACAGGAGAGAACAACCUACCCUCUGCAGUUCCUGCGAGCUUUUCUGCUGGAGGCUCUGAGAAAGCAAACGUGAGAUGUUAUCCAAAAGCAGGGCUGUGUGAGCCCACUGAACCUAAUGAUGCUGCUCUCUCAUGGAUGUAUGGACAUGAUAGUGUGGAAGAUACCAGUGUCAGGAAAUCUGUUGAUGGCUUUUAUAAAACAUAUUGCAAAAAACGGCCAGACAGAAUGGACCCCACCUACGAGGCUGCAUCACGAUGUCUGUUGCAGAAGAUUUCAGAGCUAGCAAAUCGGGAUGGAACAAAAUACGCAUCGCGUUGCUUGCAAAUGGCCCAGGUGGUCUUAAACAGAGAUGGGUGUAAGAUCUUUCCAAACCACACCACUACUGCUUGUUUUUCAAAGCCAGCUGAGGGAGAAGUUGUCUUGGAAGACAGAAAGAGAACACCCGGACUCUCAGAUGACGUCCUGCAAUUCCUCUUGAAACAAACGCGAACAGAACAUAGCCCUGAUGUGCCACAUGAGAAGUGA